UCUUCUGAAUGAGGCAUCAACAAAGAAGAUUGGGUCCAGUUCAACCAAUCACCCACUAGCCCAUUGUUGUAUACAUGGGUAGACUUUUUCCAGCCAAUAUUUUAUAUUCAAAGAUGGUGUCACUGAUGAUGAUAUUUCUAAUUCUCAAACAAAUGGGUAAGAUAUCUAACUUUACCAAGGACUUCACUGGGACUAAACGUCUGAGUGUGAAGAGAGGAGUUGACAGCUUUAACCUGACCAUCUCUAAGACACAGUUAGGGGACUCAGCUGCAUACUACUGUGCUGCUAUUGAAGUGGACAAAGUCACAUUUGAAGAAGGAGCUGUUUUGAUUGUCAAAGAUUUAGAGUCCAACAGCAUGUCUGUUGUACAGCACCCUUUGUCUGAGUCAGUCCAGCCAGGAAACUCUGUGACUUUGAACUGUACAAUACACACUGAGACCUGUUCAGGAGAACACCGUGCCUAUUGGUUCAGGCAUGGCUCAGGAGAAACCCGUCCAGGAAUCAUUUACAGAAUAUCCCCACUAGGAACCUUCGCCUCUCUGAUGCUGGGAUUUGCUACUGUGCUGUGGCCUCGUGGGGAGAUACUGUUUGGGAAUGGAACCAAGCUGGACAUUCAAGACCAUAGGGCAGACCUUCUUCUCUUGGUGUACUGCCUGGGUGUAGGAUUGGCUUUCUCGUUAAUCCUGAUCAUUGUCCUUGCGUGCAUCAUGUACAAGAUGAACCAGAGAAAGAGUCUGCAAGUGUCUUGCUCUUCUUUAAUAUCACCAUCUACAGAUGUAUCUGCAGUGGAAGAAGGAGUUGCAUCUUUUGCAUCUUUCUUUUCAGGAUCCGUCUCUCUGACAGCAUGUCCAGCAGUCUCUUCUAAGGAUGCAGGGGCUCAAGAUGCAGACAAUCUCCAUUACGUAGCUCUGAAUCUGAGCAACAAGAAGAACAGGUCUAGAAGAGAGAGAGAGGUCACAUGGAGACAGUGGUGUACGCUGGAAUUAGACAGUAGAACUGGAUGAAUGAAACAGUCCAAUGAAUUCUCUUUUUAUCAACUCUCCCUUUAUUAACAUUAUUAUCUGUAUUACUGAAACAUAUAAUUACUGUAGCUACUUGAAUUAAGUGCAUUGCUUCUCUGCCAAACUCAUUUUAAAUGGACUUGCUUGUGAUAAGAUGAAUAAAGCAUUU